UUGAGCAUUCAAGACAACUUAUUUGAGCCAAUGUCCCGUUUUUCUCUUGGCACCCUUCUCAAUCGGCGAGCAGCGCGGCCGAGUCAUUGGCGUCAAAAAUAUUUCCCUCCGACACACAAGAAGCGAGUCCAGUGGCGUCAAGAAUCUUGCCCAGAACUGUCGAUUUCUCGAGCGGAUUGAAGGGUCACGAAAACUUCCCCUCUUCGUCCCUCGAAGUCUGAGGUUCGUGAUUUCUCUUCGUUCUAUUCCAAUCCUCUCAGAUAUAGACUUGGACUCUUAAUGUUAGAAAAUGUCGAAGUGUAAACGGAGGAAUCGAAGGCAGAGGAAGAAACGUAAGUUGAAGGAUGGAAGGGAAAAUUCCACUAUGGAUUGGGCAGGGCUUCCUCGUGAUAUUCUUGUCACGAUCUUCGGGCAGUUACCUCUAAUUGAUUGCUUGUCAGUCGAUAGUGUUUGUAAGCAGUGGAGCAACAUCCUUGCUGAACUUCCAAAUUGGAAGAGGUGUGGAUUCCCAUGGCUUUUGAUGUCGGGUCAAAACGAUAGAGAGAUGAGAACAUGCUUUAGCGUUCUAGACAAUCUAGAUUGGGAAGUGGAGCUUCUCGAGGCGUAUGGAGGUUAUGUUUGGGGAUCCUUUCAGGACUGGCUGAUCCUGGUGAAGGAUCUUGGUUGUUAUUCUCUUGAAGUCAGUCUAUUGAAUCCCUUCUCUUUGAGGAAGAUUAACCUUCCAAGGCUUUGGAACUUCUAUCACAAGAUGGUUCUUUCUGGGUCUCCUGUCGAGGAAAACAUGAUUUGUGCAGCCAUUCAUAGUGAGCAUAGCGAAAUUGCUUUCUGGGUUCAAGGAUCAGAAGGAUGGCACAAGUAUAGACUCGAAGGUAUGCCUUUCGAGGAUGCUGUCUUCUGUAAUAGUAGUCUUUUUCUUCUCUGCAAUGACUGUAACAUUUACCAACUCGAUGCCAUGAGUAUCAUUACGAAUGUUAGAGGAAAUGACUGUGCUUCAUCUGUUUCCGAGAUCAAAGCACAGUUCCAUGAAGCUAGAAACCUGGAAAUAAACAGUCCGCAUGUCCUGAAGUAUCUUGUGGAAUCCUCGGGGGAGGUUUUGCUGGUAUGUAGGUAUUUUAGCGAGAAACCUGAUGCCAUACUCGAAACAGUAAAUUUCGAGAUCUAUUCGCUCGAUAUUUCUCAGAUGUACUGGGAAAGGGUCGAUAAUCUAGACAAUCAAAUUCUGUUUUUGGGUAAAUGUUGUUCUAGAUCUCUUUCCUCAACUGAGUUUGGUAUUGGUUUCAGUAACUGUAUAUAUUUCUCCAAUGAUGAUGCUACUCCUUGGUGGAAUGAAUGGGAUUCUAAUCAUUUGAAAGGAUUGGCUUCUCGUCUUGGACUCGACAACUCCUCCCGAAAAGAUUGGGGAACCUUUCAUAUCARCAAAGACAACAAUGGAAGCUUUUGUUUCCGCGGUAACCGCGACAAUUGGGCGCCAAUCUGGUUCACUGCACCUCUAUGGUGGUAUAGCAAGAACAUCGUCCAACAGACAAGACGAUAUAGAUAAACUACGGUCGAACUUAUCAAGAUUCGGUGAUCAGAAUCCAACUUGAGAUGGUUGAGAAUGAAAGAAGCUUAAAUUUUUUAUAGGGUCAAGUGAUACAGAAUGUACAUGCCAUACAUGUAAAUUGUUGAAGCUUCAAGAACAGCCUUCAGUAUGUAGGAGUAGUACUUCUCUUUUGUAUAUGCUCUUUUUUGCCAGUAUAAUCAUAAUGUGUAUAUAAUGCUAAAUGAUAAUGUUUGGUUACUGUUGAAAGAGCAGAAUCAUGGCUGUCCUGCUGUCCAUCUGAACUUAUUAGGAAAGAGGAGAACAGGUGAGUCUGAAUAGUUUUGCUUUUGAAUUUUAUCCCAAUGUCUUAAUUUGAUCCAUUAUUCUUCUGAGGAA